AUGACAUACAUAAUCAGUGACCCGAUAUGGACAACUAUACGAGAAAAAGUAAAAGAAAGAAACUUGACAGAAUUGUUGAAUAUUUACAAUGUCAACAACUUGGACUACGAUGCUAAAGGUGGGCGUUAUAAGAGGACAGUACUUCAUGUAGCAGCAGAACAAGAUGAACAAGAGAUUGUAUGUUAUCUUAUACAACACGGUGCUGAUGUAGGCACAAAGAGCAAUUAUGGGUACAGCCCGUUACAUGGAGCUGCACGUAAUAACAGAGUAGAGUUAGCUAAAUUACUCUUACAACACGGUGCUGAUGUGAACACUAAGAGCAAUAAUGGGUACACCCUGUUACAUGAAGCUGCACAUAAUAACAGAGUAGAGGUAGCUAAAUUACUCUUACAACACGGUGCUGAUGUGAACACUAAGAGCAAUAAUGGGUACACCCUGUUACAUGGAGCUGCACGUUGUAACACUGUAGAGGUAGCUAAAUUACUCUUACAACACGGUGCAGAUAUCAGUACUAAAGAUAUAGAUAAUGAGUCAGCUCUUCAGUAUAUGCAGAAGAUCUGGUCCAAUAAUGACUUACAAGAUACAUUCCGUGCUCUUCCAAAUGGCGUCAAAUAUUCUAAUCCUGGUCUUAUCGUCAAUGAAUUAGAAAUUAAGGACGAUUUUGAUGAUGAUGUCAAGAGCAUCUUAAGUAAUAUUCUGAAAGAAGCGAUCGACAAAUUGCCAGAUAUUAUCAAUGAUCCUAAGCAGAGACUUACGUUUUAUAGAGGAGAUCUGUAUGUGCGCCUCGUUAAAGAAAUUUUGAAACGGUCAGGAGAGACGACUCUUCUACAUACGAUAUACAUUGCUCUUCAAGCAAAAACUCCAUGUAAUCAGCUCAAAAGAGAAAUUCUCAAGAAUGGACUCGGCUACGAUAUCUUUGAACAGUUUCAGACGAUUGAAGUUAUGUUGUAG